AUGGCUGAUAACAACAUCCCAAACCCUGACCCCUUCCUCCUGCAACAGCUCAUCGAGAAGUCCACCCGCGAGGGGACAAAUCGUCGCCGGCAGGAGGGACAGCAGCAUGCUCCUCCCGGGCAGAGGAGACCGAGGCGAAUAGUCCGUCACGAAGAGGAGGAAGAGCAUAUCAACAUCCCUGAGGGUGCUGACCCCACCACCGCCCUCUUGCUCAAGGAACUGCGGAAGACAAACAACCUCCUCCGACUUCAAGACGACCGCAUCCACGAGCUGGAAAGGAAGCGACGAUACCGCUCCCCUCCACGGAGGCGCUAUCGGUCGCGUUCCUAUUCCUCCUCACGAUCACCCCCGAGGAGACACCGUCGGCGUUCCCCAUCCUCCUCACGCUCUCCGCCUAGAAGAUACCGCCGCCGAAGGUCAUAUUCCCGCUCUCCACCACGAAAGAGCAGGAAAAAUCAGAGACCUGGGGCCACUGAAACCGGAAGCCUUUCCCCUGAACGGGAUCACCGAGGUCCUUCCAAAGCUGUGCUGAAACCCCGCGAACGUUCCCCUCCCAGGGACAGCCGCCAAGUCCAGACAAAUUCCAGGGAAAGCCCCGGCGAGGCAGACACUCAACCUCCCCGGGACCAAGUGACGAGGAGGACUUCUGCAGCCCUUUGUCCGAAAGCAUCCGAAGAGCCCGCCUCCCACGGGGGAUGGAGAAACCACCAGUUUUGGACCAAUACGACGGGACAACUGACCCUGACGACCAUAUUCGGAGCAUCGAAGGCGUCAUGGAUUACCACGUCGUCCGGGGAUCCAUCAAAUGCCGCAUCUUUCCGACCACCCUCAGGAAAGGAGCGAUGA